AUGGUCCGUCUUUGGCACAGCGCCUUUGAGCGCGAUUUCUUCUCUAUACGUCGCCUGUGGCUAUUCCCCGUGGUCGCCGGGUCUUGCUGGUUCACGACACUCACCAUCCUGCUGAUCCGCUGGCUCGCCAUCGGCCGCCCUCAGUAUCCUAACCAAGUGAAUCCAUACGUGCCAUUCAUCAGCGACAUCGCCGCGCAGACUUUCCAGCCCGUCUUCAUCGUGGGAUGCGCCGUGACCGGCCUAUCAUUCUUCGGCACCGUGUUCGCUGUGCACCAUGUGCGAUAUUCACCCAAGUUCUACGGCCUGACCGACGACGCCCAGUGGCGGCAGGCCGUGUCGAUGGUGGCGCUCGUUGCUGGACUUGCCGGCGCCGUUUCUCUGGUGCUGCUCAGCAUCUUCGACACCGACGAUGCCCAUAAGCGCCAUCGGUACCUCUUGAUGGCCACCUUUGGAGGCUUGUUCGUCAGUGCCGUUACCACCACCUUCGUGUGGUGGGACCAGGCCCGGGGCCCAGUCGUCUUCGCAGGCUUACGGAAGUGGUGCCGGUUCAACAUCUCCCUGGUUCUUUGCCAGUUCGCCGUAGGUAUCGUGUUCCUGAGCACCAUGUACGCGGGCGAUUACAGGGUAUCGGGCAUCUUUGAGUGGAUCCUCACGUACCUGGGAGCGUUCUGGCUGGUGUCGUUCGUUGGUUACACGAGAUUCCGGGAAGGUCAAGAUCCCAAGGCGACUGAUGGAGACGAGCGACAGCCACUACUGGCAUAG